AUGCAGGUACAGAUCUUGCUCCUGCUCCCCAUGGCCUUUCUCCUGCCCUCAGGGACUUGGGCUGGUGAGAUCAUCGGGGGCCGGGAAGCCAAGGCCCACUCCAGACGCUAUAUGGCCUAUCUGGAAAUACAAGAUGGGCAGGUUAAAAAAAAAUGUGGAGGGUUCCUGGUGAAGACAAACUUUGUGCUGACAGCUGCUCACUGCAAGGGAAGCAAGAUCACUAUCAAGUUGGGAGCCCAUAACAUUAGUGAACAGGAACGGAGCCAACAGAAAAUCCCUGUGCGCCACCAGAUCCCCCACCAGCAAUAUGACAAGAAGACCCUUAACAAUGACAUCAUGCUGCUGCAGCUGUCACGCAACGCAGUGCUGAAUAACUGGGUGCGGCUCAUCCCCCUGCCAAAUGCCAAGUCCAGGGUGAGGCCGGGAUCCAUGUGCAGCGUGGCUGGAUGGGGUCGGACUGGCCGGAACUCAAGAACUGAUACCCUCCGUGAGGUGGACCUCGAGGUCAUGAAGGAUGACAUGUGUCAUCUGUACCCUGGAUACAACCACUCAACAAUGCUGUGUGUGGGGAAGCCCGGCCUGGGGAAAUUACCUUAUCGGGGUGAUUCUGGUGGCCCCUUGGUAUAUGACGGAGUGGUCCAGGGCAUCGCUUCAUAUGUUGACGAGCAUUUGUGGGAGCCAAGCGUGUUUACAAGACUCUCCACCUUCAUCCCCUGGAUCCAGAACAUUCUGCAGAAACAGCAUUAA